AUGUCCUUUAGAAGGCUCAUUCAGCAAAACCGUAAUGCCAAUUUUGCAGGCUUCUGCGUUAGUCCUUAUACUCCUUACUUGGAAACUAUGUGCAGCCCGCAGAUGGAUAAUAAGCAAUUUCAGAACCUGGCAAAUGCAGUGGGGACCUUACCUAGAGGACGCAGGCAGUUUGCUUUAAGAAGAUCAAGUUCCUUAGACUCUUCAGGGCCUCAAAGACAACUCCUUGCUAUCAUCAAAGAAGAUAAUGAAACAUUUGGGUUUGAAAUUCAGACUUGUAGAUUACCUAGCCAGAAUGAUUACUCCCCGGAGACAUGUACUUAUGUCUGCAGAAUACAAGAGAAAAGCCCUGCCCAUCUCUCUGGCCUACAAACUGGUGAUAUUCUUGCCAAUAUCAAUGGAGUGAACACUGAGGGUUAUAAUCACAAGCAAAUAGUGGACUUGAUAAAAUCUUCAGGCAAUUAUUUAAGAUUAGAGACUGUUAAUGGAGCUAUGAUUUUUAGGAGAAUGGAACUUGACACCAAGCUUCAAUCAUUGAAGCAAACCUUGCGGGAAAAACUGGUGGAGUUCCGGUCUCUGCAGUUACAGGAACAACGCCUACUGCAUGGAGAGGUGAAUGACAACACUUUGUUUGAUCCCAUGGAAACAGAAGAAUUUAAUUUAUUUGGGAGCUGCACUGCACCCAGACCUACAUUCCCAAUGAAGCCCCGCUUCUCCAGUGAAAGCAGCUCGAAAAGCAGAUUGAGUUCAAUGACAGUGGACAGUGAGGAUGGCUUCUACCAGACCUGUAUUUCUGAGGAUUCUGCUAAUGAGACUCUGAGCCGACAGUCAAGCAUAGAUGAUGAUUGCUUCUUCCAAAGGGACAAUGACACUGUUGUGGGGAGAUCUUCGCUGAGAAGGAACAGAAGCAUCAGUGUUGCCAGCAAUGGGUCAAUGUCACCUCAGUGGGAGGGAGGGAGCUUCCCAAAUAUUUUUGGCACACUCCCACGGAAAAGCAGGAAAGGAAGUAUCCGAAAGCAUAUUUUAAAAUUUAUUCCUGGCCUUCACCGAGCAGUGGAGGAGGAAGAAAGUCGUGUCUGACAUUUUAUGUAACUUCGUCUGUGUACAGGACUGUGCUAGUAUGUAUAGACAGGAAAUGCAGCAGUAAAGCAAUAUGGUAUCUAGGACACAGACUGUAGAGUCUCAUAUGAAAGAUGGAAAGGAACAUUUCUAACAAAGAUACUGCAUUGUUUUCCCUAAUAGGAUUUCAGGACAGGACUGACAUUAUUUAAAAUUCUAGAGUACUUUUCAUUAUUCCAGAACACAGCACAAUGUGGGGCCUAGUUUAGUUAUAAUGGAACAGGUUUCCAGUGACUAACUUUGAUAUUUGAAAACAUUUGUAGAGCUUUCUCAGCAAGCUUUGUGAUACCCACCUUUUCUAUUGUAUGCAAACUAUUUAUUUCCUGUUAUCAAAUCAAGAGUUAUUCUUCAUGUGUCUUUAUUAUAGGGCCCAACCCUCAUAAAAUUUUUGACAAAAUCCUCAUUGUGAGCAGGAUGAGACCAGAAUAUAUAAACGAGCACAAGAACAAAGCUGUGAAGUACAGUACUUGUAAAACUGAAGGAUAUACUUGUAAGUUGCACAGUACCUGCCCUACUACAUCCAGUUUUGGGCCGCACACUUCAAGAACCAUGUGCACAGUUUGAAAAGAAUCCAAUGGAGAGCAAAAGAAAUGAUUAGGGGGGUGGUAAGCAAGACUCAUAAGGAAAGGUUGAAAGAACCAGGGUUGUUAGCCUGGAGAAGAGAAGACUGAGGGGGGGUUUGGUUCAAAGACUCAAGGGGUGAUUAUAGAGAGGAUGGAGAUGGGCUUUUUUUCUGUGGCAGGAGUGGACAGGAUGAAGAGCAGCAGCCUCAAACUACACGAGGGGAAACUUAGAUUGAAAAUUAGGCAGACUUUUCUAACUAUGAAGAUGGUCAAGCACUGGAACAGGCUAACUAGAAAAAUCAUGAAAUGUCUAUCCUUGGAAGUUUUCAGGAGCAGGUUAAACAAACACUUGGCUCGGAUGGUAUAGUUAAGGAUGAUUCUGCCUGUAGUGUGAGGCUGUAGAUGUGAGGUUCCUUCUAGCCCUAAUUUCCUAUGAUACUAAAUUAGUUAACUUUUUAUUUUGCCCAUGCCAUGGUUCAAACUAACAUACACUUGGAUUUUUAUUUUAAUGCAAAUGCCUUUCCAGUCACUGAAUUAGAGAUCAGGAUUCUCUGAUCAAGCUUUCACCAAAAGGACAGUAGUCUCAUUCUGCUGUGAGUACUACACCCCGCCCCCCCCUUGAUCUUUUCAUGCAAUAGGUAUAAUGACCCAUAGUAUAACCUGUGCCACACAUUUCUCAGAUCUGAUCCUACUAGUUAAAAUCACUGCAGAUAGCUAACACCAUAUGUCAUGGUAAGACUUUACUAUCUCAGGGAAUUUGAAA